AUGGUCCAUAUCGGAAGUAUUCCGGGCGCCCUGAUCGCCUUUCUUCUUUGCGAACACAUCGGCAUGCUCUGGUCAAUGCGACAGUUUUGUCUACUUUGGUCGAUCGGUGUCGUGAUUGUGAUCACUUCUAGUGGGAGCAUCGGACAAAUAUACGCAGGCCCAUUCAUUAUGGGUCUUAGAACUGGACAGGCUGGUGUAAUUGUGCCGACGUACCUGGCUGAAGUUGCGCCGGCCUAUGCUAGGGGAAUGCUGGUGUCGCUGUUCGGGAUGGAGGAGUAUAUUGGGAUUAUGGUAGGGCACUUCUCGGCUUGGGGAGCUGCAUUGCACAUUUCUGACAGCACUGCUCGGCAAUGGAUCAUACCGCAAAGCAUACAGGUUAUCGUGGCAGGCGUCUUGGGGAGGCUGUGGGGUCUCCCGGUCGAGCACGAAGAGAUCUCGUUCGAGAUAGAGAGUAUUCAGAGCCAGUUGGACACUGAUCAAGGGACUACCGUGUACAAAUCUUGGAUAUACUCACUCAAGGAGUUGCUGGCAGUCACGACCAACCAGAAGAGAGUACUUUUUGUCAUCCCCGAACAAAUUCUCAGCCCGUGGUUUGGAGCCAACUCAAUAACAACCUAUGCACCCGAGCUGUUGUCCUUGCUGGGCCUGACAGGACAGUCGGAAAAAACUGUUUGUCACAGCAAUUUUGGUGCCGUGAAAUUUGUUGCAUCGCUACUUUGUGCAAUCCUGCUAAUUGAACGUGUGGGCCGAAAGGAGUCAUUGAUGUCUGGAACCUUUAUUCAGCUGGUCGCCAUGCUGUACAUCUCGUUCUUUCUUAGCGUCGAGUCAGGCAUCCGAUGGCGAGUCCCCAUCCACCGAUCGGGCCGCAAUUGCCGCGAUCAGAUUCUCAUCAAUGCAGAGAUAUUUCCCCUGCAUGCUGUACAAUCCAUGUUACUGGAGGAUACUUUUCAACCAACCGGAACAUUCUGGUUCUUUUCGACUGUGACGCUUUUUGGGAUCGCAUGGGUUUGGUUUCUGCUCCCCGAGACUGCUGGCCGGACAUUAGAGGAGGCAAAUGGCUUAUUUGGUGACGAGUCUCAUGUCGAUGUCAGCACAAUCGCCAAUCAGCCGGCGUCCGAUAAAGUCCGACCACCGAUAUCGCGGGUCUGUGAUUGGCCGAUUGCCAGUGCGGGGGCGGUCGAGUCGUCACACUCGCCCGCAGAGGUUCCUUCCGUCUCCCUCGCGAUAUCGACAACGGCCACGAGCAGAAAAAGGGGAGCAUCGUCGAAACACGACUGUUUUCUCUUUCAAAAUACAUCCACUAAUGCCAUGACCGGGUCAGCUGAUGCUGCUGGCCCACUCCGCGUCUCGCAGCGGCGGCCCCUCGCGUGUCGAGAAUGCACCAAGCGGAAAAGAAAAUGCGACAAGCAAAUCCCCUGUUCUAGAUGUCGCCGCCUGAAUCUCGAGUGCUCAGUGGAGGCCGUGCGACUCCGGCGAAAUACUGUGCAACAUGCGUCUGAGAUUCAAUUCUUGGCCUCAAUACUGGCGGAGCUGGAUACUGGCUCCACACACAAGCUGCCUGAUAUUGCUCAAAGAUUGAAAGAUAGAAUCUCCCAGUUACAGACUGGGACAUCAACGCCACCGACCGAUGAAAAUACUUCUGCCUUGCUGCAGGAGGAUAUCAAGCAACCCGACCAGUUUGACGAAAGGCAGGCCCUGCAUCGACUGGCCGAAGCGCCUCCUGAGAAUACAGAUCCACCAAUUCUUACAGCCAUAGAGCAUCUUGCUUGGGGCCGGAACUCUGCAGGAUGCUUCCCCCACAGAAGAUGCGCCUGUCAAUAUCGUCGAGAUAACCCGGAGAUGCUAUCGAUGAACAACGGGUCUUUCCAAAUACAUGGAUCUGCUCUGGAGUCAUUAGUAUUCGUGCCCAUAUCAAACGAUGCUCAAAAGCUCGUCAAGUUUCAUAUCGGCCAUUUGGCCUGGCAUCACAAUUGCUUCCACGGAGAGACGUUCCUCGAACAAUGUGAUCUAUUCUGGAGCACAGGAAGAUGCGACAAUCCUCUCUGGAUAGCACUCUACCUCUCUGUCUUGAGUUGUACGGUCAAUUCAAUUCAAAAUAGCAGAAAGCUUAAAACCCUGCUCGACGUCGAUCUAGAGAGCAUGCAAUCCGCCCAGCAGCUUUUCUCCGCCAUGGUUCAAACGUUGUAUCAUUCGCAUUUUCUGAAUAAUCUUUCCAUCUGCUCUGUUCAGGCCAUUGUCAUAUCGACGGAGGUUGCGCACAACCUUGGUCUCAGCCAAUUGAACGCUACAAUGUUCAAUGCUGCCGUUCGAAUUGCCGAGUGCUUGGGACUUCACAAAAUCAAAGACCACCCUUCAUCAUUAACACACACUCGAGAUCAAUGGGAAGAACGCGUGGAGCGGGAAGUUGGAAGGCGAGUAUGGUGUCAGAUGAUUAUUCAAGACCACUUUGCCAUACCUUUUACGGAUACUUACAGCAUCUCUCCGUUGCAUUAUUCAACCGGUCGCCCUCUAAAUGCCGAUGAGCAGAACCUCACUGAACUCCCCACCAAUAUUCCCACUAUCAGCACCUACGUGCGGGUGCUCGUUGAAUUGGCUGCUCUGAUGCCAGGUUUAGUUGAUGGACUUGGCCCAAUGAGCAAGCGCAAGUCUCGUCGCGAACAAUAUGAACAUAUACUGCAGGUGGAUCAGAAAAUGAGAGCUGUGGUUAAAGGUAUACCAUCUUUUCUUCUACGACCCGACAAGGCCAAAGAGUCGAAAAUACCGUGGCUUAGUAUUGUCCGUCGGAGUCUUGCCAUAACGGCGGCUGAAAAGAUCAUCAUGAUACACCGACCAUUUCUAUUCCGCUCAUUUCACGACCCAAACUAUGGCCACUCAAGGCGUACCUGCAUUGCAGCCGCGAUGACAAUCCUGCGUGAACACGAGACAAUCGCCAAGGAGGAAGACCUGUCGAUCUGGACACACACUGCCUUUGCUAUUACUGCUGCGGUCAUUCUAUGCUUCGAGGUGAAUGCUACGGUAGAGGACCCAUCUGAUGGGAAAAUAGAGAUGUACAGAGAGGCCGUUUUGUCUGCCCGCGAGCGUCUCGCUCUACGAAAUCACGAUGUUCUCGCCCAGCGUGGUGUUGCUCUUAUCGACGCCAUUCUGAUUGCCGAAGAGGCCCAUUUUGGAGCCAGACAAAGGAAACGCGGUGGUCACAUUGACUUUAACCGGGUCUUUGCCAACUUUUCGACCUUGAGCCGGGUGAUUUUAAAUCCUGAAGACGAUAUGGCAUUUGGCAAAUUUCCCGGUAACAGCCCGGAUGACUUUCGGAGUGUGGACGCCAAUGAAAUGCAAUUCUCCUGGAAUCAGGAUGAGAUUGACUUUGAUAUUUGGUUUAAUGGAAUCUUCAACGACCUCCAGCCAUCUCCAAUGGGAUGA